AUGGACGACGACUCGCUGGAACUAUGGGACAUGGCGCUCACCUUGUUCGACGAGAUCGGUCACCUCAAACCCGAAGUCAUCAAACAUGAGCGCCUGAAAGGGUCCGGGGUUUGGGGCCGCGAAUUCAACCAUGGCUUAUUGCUCUGCUUGUCGGAGAUUGACAUACCUGAGAAGUACAGCCGCAAAGGCGUCGGAUCGUUCCUUCUACGGCAACUCUCUAUUUCCAAGCACGCUCCUUCCGGGUCUUUUCUGGUGGCAUUGCCUCUCCCAACAGUCGUGUCGCGCAACUUGUCGAUAUCAAUCUUGGUUGAAGAGUGGAAACAAGUGAAAUCGGUGAUAUCUAGGUUUCUCACCAAGAACGAUUUCCGCAGCAUAGGUGAUACAGGAUUCCUCGCAUACGCAACAGACCCGAACCAUCCCUCUAGGCUUCUCGCGGCUCCGAAUGACUCGGCUAAAGUGACAAAAGCUAGCGAAGCGCUGGCUGCCCGCCCUUGCAUCGUGAAGACUAUCCUGCCGAACGGCCGCAUGGGUUUUGCGAUCGAACAUCCCGACGGUACCAGCAGCAGACUGUUUGAUCCCAGUGCCCUUGACGCAACGGCAAUAGAUGAGCUUUCCAGUCUCCCCCUGCCUAUCGUUCUCACCGCUGGGGGCAUGGACCUCGAUAUCCCAAUCAUCGGCAAGAUAAUCCGUGACGCAUAUAAUAAGGAUCCGUCGUCGAUCCGGGCCGCUCAGUACACAGGAGAACCUUCAGCUCUCCGCGCCGCCCUAUACGCUUGCAAUCUAGCUGCUGUUGAGGCACUCAUCGAACUGCCCUUGACGGGGCAAACUCCGCUGGAGGCGUUCGACCAGGAGAUGGCGGAGCGCGAAGACGAUUUUGGCUUCUUUGGUACCUGGUCAGGAGACGCUCCAGAGGCGCAGAGCAUCCUCUAUCUUCUCAAACAAGCCGCCGAAGAGAAUGCAGGGACCUGGGAGAAUCAAUCCGUAGCAGCGCGUCGAUGGGGAUGUACCUGUGGGCAGUGUACGGAUGGCUGGCUCUCUCCACGGAUGCGUUACCGCUUGAAGUGGGCCGCGGAGGUCACUGCCGACUUCAUCAUGCUCCAGUGCAGUGACCUCCAACCGGAUGAAAGGAUGCACUCCGGUCUGGGCCUCGACGACCUUCCUGAAUCGCUCAAGGCCGAUGGCGUCAGCAAAUCAUUCUACGUCGCAUACGCCAAUGCCAUUGACGCGGUGGCGCGAGUCCUGAAGAGGCCCAGCCGGGCUGGCCUGCCUACGAUCCCUAGCCUCAUGGCGGAGUUCGGUCGGAAGACGAUCGCCUUCACGUCUGGCGGCGGAACUGCGCUCCACGCGGUGCGCUGCGUUUUAGAGACUGCUAGGGCGGAGUCGCCUCUGGGAGACAACACAUGGGAUGACAUGCAGCAGCAAGACCUUGAGUAUGGGGGCGAUGAGAUGGCCAUCGAGUUAGCAAGUCUCCCCAAGUGCGCUCACGACCUCGACUUUGCGCGGGUGGCGGAACGAGCUGGCUUGCCGAAUCCUGGGCCAUACGGAAGGAGGGGACUUGACUAA